AUUUCGGAACCUAACAAAAGUGUCGGCAGUGAAAUUUUCAAUGGAUCCAGUUUAAUUUGCAACCUUUACGUUAACUCUACUUGCUAAAAACGCAACGCAGUUGCCAGUGAGGCGAUUGAAGAUGCAACGGAUCAAUACAUCUCUCCGUGUCAUCGCUUCCCGUCGCUAGGAAUUUCAGUCCCUCGCGAGUGCAGCAGCAGCAGCCUGGUUGAGCCCGCGUCAAUCAUUCGGACCGCCACCGCACCUCCGCCAUGCCCCGCGCCCCGCGGAUCGCCUGUCCACCCGCCCAAGUGCUCCAACUGCAGCCCAAGGGUCCCCGCGUCCGUGGCAGCGCUCGGCAGGGUCCGUGACCUUAAUUGCACCACCACCAGCGGCACCACGUCCGCGUCUGUGCCCACGCAACCUGCAGUGAAAAGAGGAGGGAUGCAUUGCGCCGUGCUCGAGGGCGAGGAUGCAGAGCCGCACGAGUUGUUCGCAGCCCUUGGCGUGCUGGUGCUCGAGGGCCGAGUGCCUGGCGCCACCGAACGGGGCUACGGCGAAGGGCCUCACUGCCCUCCACUCGGGGCCAAACCUCGCGCGGCUGGCCUCCCGCACCAGUGCGAUCCCAACACCAAUUCGCUGUGUCGACGAGAACUGGAAUUCAGGAAAAGAAUAUCUCUGCUGUGGCAGUCGGGGAUUCCUAUGAAAUUGGAGGUUCUUGUUUGCCCGGACUGCGCCUGUGGAGCUCAAAGGGCGGCUUGUCCAGAGCCGUCUGUCAAACCGUCACCAUCCGACUUGCUUCUCGAGCAGUGGACAAUCUCAGUGCAGCCAAAUACAAAUGGAGAUGAGGGAGGAGGAAUGGGCGUGAGGGCGCUGUUGCAGGCUGUCCGAUCACAGUUGUUCUUUUCCCAGCUGGGCGCCUGGUUGUCCAGCUCUGGAGGACGCUUCCCGAGACACAUCUGCUACAGGCUGACAGUCCCUGGAGAGCCUUUUACAUCACACUUUCAGCGAACACCAGUGGAACACAGCUUUCCAGCAGUCAAGAUAGGCAGACCCAACAACAGAGUCACUUUUCAGGUGUCAUUGAAGAGUUUGCCGAGGGGCGAGAGUGGAGUUAUGCCCAGAUUGUUGUGCGUCCACAAACAGGAUGAAAUCUGCUCAUCAGUAGCCACAAACACAAAUAGUACAACUGCCAAUACUGCCAAUGAUCUCAAAAAUAACGAAUUAUUCCCAUUAAGUAAUGCUGGAGUGAGGAGGAAAAACAGCAUUGAAGAAAACGGAGACAGUCCCCUUCUCGGAGCAAGUUUACUAGAUCCGCCUCGUGAACGCAGAAGGGGCGCUGCUGGGCAAUACCAGAGUCCUAGUUUGGAAACUCCGGACCAUCUUUUGUUCUCCAGACCUUCUCCUGCAGAAACAACAGCCAGGGAAAAGGAGCGCCCGCAACAUCGUACCAGCAGACACAAUCGAGUGAGAAGGAGAGACUCUUUGAGGUCCAGCGUACUUGACGACAGAAUGCACGUUGGUUGCAACAAGUCUGGGAAACAUCACUGCUGCACUGAAGAAGAGGGGGCUCCUAAAAAGGAAGAGAGCACAUCAAAAUCUCAAGAAGUGGAGAAGCAAGCCAGUAAGGAGCAGACUGCUGAAGGCCAAAAAGCGGCUCCCAAAGCUGCCAGCAAGCUGAAUCUGAGCCCUCAGGAAGUGGAAGAAGUGCUGGCUGUGCUGAGGUAUCGAACUCGACCAGCAACACCUCCUCUAAAGGACCAACUCGGUGAGCCAAUGUUGACAGUCAACAUGGCCAUGGCAAAGGGACCUACACUGCCAAAGUCUUUCCUCGAAAAGGGUGCGAGACACAAACACUCUCUGGAGAACGCCAAGGAAGCAGCCUGCAAUGGAAUGGUCGACAAAGCGGACAAACUUCUCCAGGCAAUUUUGAGACCAAGCCAGGAGGGCAACAUUGCUUUGGCCGAUGCUCAAGGAAAACCCACUGGGCUGGAGAGGCUGAAACACCUUUUCAACAAAACAGUUUCUGUUUCUGGAAAGGAAACUGCCAACGGUGGAGAGAUUCCGAACGGAGUCAAAAUCCCAUCAGCCAUGGACAAAGCCCAGUUCAGACGAUCUCUCGAUUCAGCCGCAUCUAUGGUUUUCCGAUCUGGACUGCCGCUCACCUCAAGUCCUGCCCCCGUUCGCAAAGGGACCUGCUUCGACUUUGACAGCUCACUUAACUCAGUUCAAGCCAUCAGAAGUGCUCUGUUCGAUAGUCAAUCGCUGUCAAGUCCCGCUUGCACCGACGAGGACAGCUGCACUGCCUCGCCAGAUGUGGAAAACCCGCCAUCUCCGUUUGCCACCCGGCACCACCCAAAACUGUCCUGGUCUCCAACCUCAGGUUCCCUGCUUGGCUCUUUCGAGGAGUCUGUCCUAAACGGCCGGCUCGAACCGGUCAGCACCGUCCACGGGUUCACUGCAGAACUCGGAGCAUCCGGCUCCUUCUGUCCCAAACACCUCAAUCUGCCUGUCACUGUAUUUUUCUACACCCUCGGGGAUAACGACAAGGUUUCAACUCCAUACCUGGGCCACAUAAACCUGGGCAAGAAAGGAUACAGCGUGCCAAGAAGUGGCACCAUCCAAGUGACCUUGUUCAAUCCGCUGGGCACUGUAGUGAAAAUGUUUGUGGUGGCUUACGACCUCUCAGACAUGCCGCCCUGCUCACAGACGUUCCUCAGACAGCGCACACUGUACCUCCCAAGCCAGGAGAAUGGCAAUGGACAGAUGCAGCACUCAAACCUCCGCUACCUCAUUCAUCUCAGGUUCUCAAGCUCCAAGUCGGGCCGCGUAUUCUUGCACUCCGACGUACGAAUGAUUAUUUUCCGCAAAUCCGACCAAGACACCGCCACGGCCCACUCCGAAGAGGAGGGCGACUCGUCCGCGCACGAGUUGCGUUCCUUCAUCAGCGGGCCGACCAACCCAAAAUUCUCGCCCCGCAAGUAGACCCGGCCGAGAACUUUGUUUUUUUAUUAUCUGUGAUACCAGCAUGAUGGAACUUUCAAAUUGAGCCCUCUCUCAGAAAGCAAACGGUCGAAAUGCUACAAUGUGGUACACACUUGCAAUUACACUCUCCUCAAUCUGGUGGACUUCUUGUUUGUCAAAUUAUUGCGACAACCUGAUUUUCAGUUGAGUUUCAUUCACUCUGAGCUGAUUGAACGUCGAUCGCUCGACCCGAAGAUGUUGAUUUUGAUUUAACGCGAAUUUAAUAUUGAUUUUUUUGAUGAUCGCGUCUCUGUAAAAUACUAUUGUCUAGUACAGUUUGACCACUUGUAAGUAUGUAGGCGUUAAAAAUCAAUGGAUGUAAAGAAUAAUUACUUGUGAUGUGAGGUUCAAUUUAUCUCUCGUGAUACGCCAGCUGUCGUCUGGCCCUGAUAUAUAUAAAUCUAAUUGUUAAUUUUAUCGAUCAUAAAUAGUGAUUUUGCCUCGGAAGUCUGCGCACAUUGUGUUAACUUCCGCUGGAUAAUAGGCAGCCGUGAUAACACGAUUUUCCUGCGAAGGGUGGCCGUGCUUAUAUAUCUUCAAAACCUAUCAAGGUCGCAGCUCCUCUGCCGACUUGUGUAUAAUGUACAACUGGAAUUGGGAGUUCUUCAUUUCUUGUCUCGCAAGCUUUAACAACAACAGUCGGCCGCCCUGCAAAAUAUUCACCUGAAGUGGGAAAAUCUUAGGACAGUUAAAUUUAAAAUUGUAAGGAUGAUCACCUUUUGACCUCUAGUUCUUCCACAAAUCUGUAGAGAGAUGUACACACUUGUCGUUUUAGCAAAAUUUAUUUCUAAUUUGGCUUCAGUUGAUAAUGUGUGCAUAACGUUCUCUUUGUACAUUACAAAUCGCACUCAUCAAUUUACUGCUACAUUGAUUUGAUAAUCAUUAACUUUGCUUCCGAGGAAGCGUAUUAAUCGAUUGAUUAUUUUCAUGCUAAUCAUCAGGAUGUUAUGUGUGUUCUUUAUAUUAUUAUCCGUCGUGUAUUCAAUUAGCAAACAUUUAACCGCAGUUGGAAAUGAAUAUUGAUUAUAUCUCUAUAUUUUAGUUUCAAACUAUUCACCAUGUGACAUAUUACUGUAGUGAUUAUUAAUCAUCAUUUUUUUUUAUGUACACAAGAGAAGAAAUUGUGUUUUUGAUUGCAUUGUACUGUUUGGUUCAGCUCGAGCGAAAGCGACUUUGAUUUUUUUGGUUUUGUUUGCUCCUGAUUGGCGUAGCAUAUUUUAAUUUCAAAUAAUUAUUCUGACCGAAUUGGAUUUUCAUAUUGUAGCAUGUGUAAAAUUAAUUAAUUAAUUUAAAAGGUACAUUGGCUUGCAUUAAGAAUUAACAUGAUAUACCAAGGAAAAAAUAAACUUCAGAUUUCAUUUAGAUAGUAGAUCAUUCAAAAACGUGACAGGGAAUCGCAGGCAGAACAUGCACCAUAAAUCUUGCUAAAAUCAUGUUUAUGGAAAAUAUAAAGUAAAAUUUAUUUAUGAUAAACGAGUGCAAACAUGCUACAAACCAUUGUUUGAUUACACAACAACAUACUCUAUGGAUUGUAAUAAUAUUGAAUUAUGGAACUGUAUAGCAUGGAAUAGCAGAUGAAACUUAAAUAAAUAUAUUAUCCUACAAAAAAAAAUACCAAUG